UGAUGCUUUAUGGAACCGAAAGAGAAUGGGAGGCAGCAAAGCAAAGGAUGGAUCAAGGACGUGGCAGGGACUGGACAACGAGGAACCCUGCCACAGAGGAGACCGCGUCGACCCUGGAGCAAAUACGGAACAGGAAACAAGAAGCGCGCGACCUUCAGCUCGCUCCGAAGUAAUGUGACAGAGUGCAGAGCAGCAGCCAGGGGGAGCGAGGCUGGCGAGGGAGGAAGGACAGGUAGUCUUGCUCCUGCGCGCUGACGGCUGGCCAACCUCCCCCUGACUCACUCGAGGGAGGGGACGCCAGGUGAGUGGAAGUAGCUCACACGCCGAGACAGGUGACGGAGAACUUCUGAUCCAGGACCCGAAGAGCAGCCUGCAGUGAUGGCGCUGCCGUGCCUGGCUGGAGGGUAUUGGUCCCUGCUGCUGCUACUUCUCACCAUUACGUGCACUGGGACAGGAGAAGUCCUGCUGAUCCACGAGAGCGGGAAGGGCACAGCCUGGGGCUACUCCCAUCUACCCUCAACUUUCCCCCUCACCUGGAGCCAGGCAAGGUCAGCGUGUGAGGCAAUACCGGGCUCCAUGCUCGCUAGAGUGGAUGGAUGGCAGGCGGAGGCGGCCGUGGAGGAGUACCUGAGGGAAGCUGCCUUCGCGGAACCAGUGUGGCUGGCCAACAGGCAGACUCUUCCUGAAGUGCUGGAGGACGAGCAGCGGGAGAUGAACCACAUCGGCAACGCAGGUGUGUUGGGGAGCGACCUCAGCAUGGGCGGGGAGGUGGGCGUGACUCUCCGCUGUGCUGUGUACCGUGCGGGAGUAGGCCUGGUGCACGAAAUUUGUUCUGAAGCUGCUGUGUCCGCCGCCCUGUGCGUUCAGCGAUUGUCGAGUGAGAGGCCGCAGCUUGAGAAGUGUCCUGCGUCGCCCCACCGCCAGUGGUUCCUGGUGAACAGCCACACAGAGACCGUCACCUCUGAGCCACACCAACAGACCACCGUGAACGUGAUUGGUCUACACCAGUGCCACCACCACCACCACCACCACCACGGUCACAUGGUCCGCGUCGCCUGCCGCCCACAGGAGGGCUGGGAACUCACUACAUGUAGCUCUGAGGCGUCUGCGUCCAAGCACCAACAGGAGGUCAAGGCAUCGCGUGCAGGUCACCGUCAGCAGAGUGACUCCACUUCCCCGAGACAGACACCUACCCUCACACCCACUCAUACUCAUGUGUAUGACUACGAACAAGGAUUCGAACAGAAAGAAUACUUUUCUUUGUCUCCACAGCAGGAAAACAGACGACACAAGAGAUCGGCUGAGUUGCAGCCAACACAAAGAGUUCACACGUCAAGCAUGCUAUCAUCACUCAUGCACUCCACCCCUGAAACCAUUCCUACACACCGGUCUGUUAUUGAGAGUCAUGAGUCAGAUGUAGAUGACAAGGUUAUGCUCUACAUUACUGGUUACAAAAAGUCAAGGAGUGAUUAUGAAAAACAAAGAGAGGAUGCAAUCCGACCACAGCACAGUACCCAUGUUCAGACAGAGGAUAGGAAACACGACACUAAUCCUCGUCAGCAUGAUGCAUCAGCAACUCGCCUCAAGGACAAACACGCUGGUAGGGCGAAAAAUUACAGUGAUGAGAUUAUGUUUGAUCCUGUCAUUAAUGAAAUAAAAACAGAGGCCGAAUCAGAUCACGAAGGUGAAGGGAAACCAUCCGUAUUUUAUCCUUCCGACAAGAGAAAUGAUUCAGCAGCCAUCCAUGACAGUGCGAGUGUAGAGGAAAGUGAGAUACACACCAGGACAUCACCAGCGCAAGCUACAAACUCCAGUAAAAGUCAGGGAAGUGAAGAAAUUAAAGAUCAAAAGAUACCAUCAACAGGAGACACUAGAAUCAUUCUCAAGGUGGGGAUCGGACCCAUAUUUGUCCACGGACCGGAACCCCAAAAUAAUACCAACGAGGAAGAUAACAUUGAGGGAAACUUCCGAGCACUGAUAUUCCCCGAAGAUUCCAGACUUGAAAAUCCCAAUGAAAACGAUCUCUCAGACGCUAAAAAUCGACCAUCUAUCCCUAGCAAUGAGUCAUCUCUUGAGGGAAGCAGCUCUGACACAGGCAAGACCACGCCAUCGAAAGAAACUACUACAACUCCGAGUAGACCCAUCAUAUUUCCUAGAGGUGAGAGCGACGAUCCCACUUCUGGAGAGAAUGUAAAUGAUGACACUCUGUUCACUGGAAAUUCCGAAAAAACUAAGUCGACAGAUCAGCCCACUGUGGAGCCAACUCCGGGUGCAGUAAAUAGUGAUAUGCUUCCCGACGUGCAAAUUUCGGAAUCCACGCCAGUUGGUGCUGCCACCCCUGAAGACAGUGCCGUUAAGACGGAGGACAUGACGAAUGAUUCAGACAAGAACAAUAAUGAAAAUGCAGAGAGCGAUGAUGCAGAAGAAGGAACUGAAGAUCCGAACACAAACACGCCCAGACCUGAAGAAUCCACUUUAAACUCUAUUAUCUCCAACACCACUUCGGUUAACGUACAUCAGGAGCUGAACAGCGGCCCCUCGAGCCCCCACAGUGCGGGUACCACGGUAACAACAGAGAAGUCAAAGACACAGAGCAUUCGACUUCUAAUUGCCCAGAUAUUCAAGAACAUAUUUGGUUAGCUGGUCUAAAGGGCUUCGGUGCCACCACCCACUUGUGCCUGCACGACUUGGGUAUUGGAGGAUGCAAGGCAAUAACAUCCAAUUAAGUAUAAUGUUUCAUUAUAACAGUUUCUUAAGUUAGAGUGCAUUGUAGUGAAUCACCAGUCAGUGGGUCGGUAUCAGUGACGCGUUUCCAAACGAAGACAACAGACAUACUUACCAGGCGGUUGAAGAAAGCGGGGCGCAGGUUGUCUGGGGAGUGCGAGUGGCAGUGCAAGUGUCUUUUUUCGCUGUCUGAAGGUGGGAACGUAACUGCGGAUGAUUAUCACUUAUACUUUAUUUUCUCAUACUCGGUAAUUGUCAGUAAGAAACACCCCUUGGGCUUGCAAUGAGAUCGUGCACUCACUGUUGGUCUUCCUGCCAGGAGCUGCGCGUGGCUGGAACUGUCACGACAGAGGCGGUCACACGCCACGUGUAAGUGGGGCCUUAGUUAUACACUGUGCUAUGUUUGUGAACACAGGAUGCUUUAUAUCUGUUUAUUUCUUCCAUAUUCCAAUUUCAUCUUAGGAAUUACUCCAUUAUUCUAAAGCUUCGUUGUAAAAUUUUAAAUUCAAGAACAACAACAACAACAACAACAACAACAACAACAACAACAACUUGCUCUUACAAUGAUAAUACUGAGAGAAGAUAUAAAAGAAAAACCAGAUGAGAAAAAGAAGAGUUAACAGCUUUUUUGCUGUUGUUGUUGUUGUUGUUUUCACCUUUACUGUUUGGUAAUUGGUUAAUUGAUUGAUUUUUAUCAUCGUAGUCUGCAUCAGUCAUCAUCACUGGCAUCGCUAAUGUGAGAUGCAUGCCUGCCAUACAUCAUCAGAAUCUUUAAAUCAUAAUAGAUCAUAAUUAGAGGAAAGAAGGUGACCAGCCACACCUCGACGGGUGACUCCCUAGCCUGCCGGUCUCCACUCAGUGACUCCCUCCGCCGCCCCGAAAAUCCCUUCACCCACAUGCAUUUUGCCUCGUCAGUUCUAGACAAACAGUUGCUUUUGAGGGACACAACCUCAGCAUUUCGUGUCACAUCUCGCCUUACUGGAAAAAGAUCUAAGCUUAAAUUUUCAUGAAUAAAUUUCGUUUUAUUUCAAAAGAAUUUCGAAGCAGCCGGUAAAUACGAAACACAGAUGUACAUAAAAGCCAGCAUUUGCCUCCAUUACACCAGCCCGUCACUGCUUCUGCGGCCUGGUGUUCUUGCCCCUCCCUCCACCUCUCGCGGUUUCCCUUCGCUCCCAGCACCCUCCCUUCCCUCCUCACCCAUUCCUUUGCAGCACCUCAUUGCCCAAUCCUUGUCAUGUCUUCACCUACUCGAUCCCUCCCACACUCCAGUCCUCUUAUAAGCCACGAUACUAGGAUACCUAAAGAAGUACGUACUUCACAUUUAUAUUACAGUAGUGUUAAGUAUGUCAUAUAUAUACAGUGUGUGUAAGCGUGCCCGCGUUCAUAUAUACAUGCAAAUAAUAAGUAUGUGUAUACAUGUAUAUGCCUAUAUCAGGCGUUGUGUAGCAGAAUUCGCUUUAAACUGAAUUUAUGUUCCGUAAAUUCCCCAUCAGGACAUUUCGUGCCACUCACACGUCCACUCACCUCAUCCACUUCACUGCAUCAUGUGCUUGGCUGAGAACAUCCAUACUAUGUGACUUAUGCAUUUCUUACACACACACACACACACACACACACACACACACACACACACACACACACACACACACACACACACACACACACACACGCGCGCGCGCGCGCGCGCGCGCGCCUAUCACACGUACUCUUAACUCAUCACUCAAGGACUCACGCUUGUUGUGUCAUUUUUAUUACCAACAGUUGCCCACCUCGGCCACACCACGACAAGACUUCCUUUAACAUUUCUUCACUUUUAACGUUACUUUCCCAUAUCCAAUCUUCCCGUCUCUUGUCCACUUUCUUUCCCAAGUUGUCCACCAUUCCAAGUCUCCAUUCAUCAACGUCUACAUCAGUGAUGUUAACAACGAUGCUUAUUUUUCUUUGUAUCUAGUCGUAGAUAAA